ACCACCGUCCGAAGGGUUGGCCAAUUCAGUGACAUAUCUUCACGCUCACUCAACACUUCGUCAUUCCUCUUCGAGCCGAGACGUAUCGUGGGGGUUGAAACUUUCAGUAGAAUCAAUUUUGGUUUUCUUUUUUUUGUUAGCCCAAUUCUAUCUUGGCCUUAGCAACACAAACUCUCUUACCAUCUUUCGAUCGCCAGUAAUAAAGAAUUCUUUAGUUUUGCCAGAGGCUUUUUCAAUCGUUUUUAAAACUGAUCUAUGCUAGGCCAUCUUUUUUCAAAAGUAACUUGGAACCAUUCGUUUCAUCGCAUCUCUCAUCUCGCCCUUUAAAUCGUGCUAAAUUGCUGCAGAAAAACAAAUCGAAAGAAAUCUUUUAAAAUCUACCUCCUCUAUUCAAACAGUUUUUAUGUCGACAGUGUGAAAUCUCAAAAGUGAAACAAGGAUAGAGACAAUGGAACAUGUCAUGGAUUUAGCAUCGGAAAUCUCGGAAAGUUCUUCAUUGGUGUCGGAGGAUUUGCGAACUUUAGACGGUAGCGUCGAUGGUGAACCCCGCGCUGAUGGACUUUACGAAGAACGCUUUCGUGUCGAUCGUCGCAAAUUGGAAUCGAUGCUUUUAGUCCCUGCUGAGGGUGGAAGUGAAGCAGCUGCUGAACGAUUUUUUCACAGGGUUAUGCAGGAAACAAGCACUGUAAUUAUGUGGCCAGAGAAAUUGAAAGUUGGUUCCAAAUCUAAAAGAGAUCCGCAUGUGCGUGUGGCGGGAGAGCCUGAAUCAGUUCGCGCUGCUAAAGAACGCAUUAUGGCCGUACUUGAUACAAGGCAAAGCAACAGAGUGACUCUUAAAAUGGAAGUGAGCUAUACUGACCAUUCUCAUAUUAUUGGACGUGGAGGUAACACCAUUAGCCGCGUCAUGGAGGAGACACGUUGUCAUGUCCAUUUCCCUGAUUCGAAUCGCACCAAUCAAACGGAAAAGAGCAACUUGGUUACUGUCGCUGGAGAGCUGGCUGGCGUUGAGAAAGCUAGGGCUCGAGUCCGGGAUUUGAUGCCGCUGGUGGUGAUGUUUGAAUUGCCCAUCACAGGUUGCUUUCAGGCUUUUCCUGAUGUAGAAUCGCCGUUUAUCCAAAACUUACAGUCACGUUACUGUGUACAAGUUUCCUUUCGUGCCCGUUCUCGUGGACCUCGUCCGGGUGUAGUCGUUAUCAAAGGAAGUGAGUCGGACGUUGCUCCACUCAAGGAAGCUGUUAAAAUUCUCGUGGACUAUUUUUGUGGAACUUUAGCCAAUCAAGUUCAAGUUUGCAUGACGCUAGAGAUCUCGCCCCAACAUCAUGCUGUUGUUCAAGGAGGCAACAAAAUGAAUUUGCAGCACAUUCGCACCGUAACGGGAACAACUAUUAUGUUCCCUGAUCUCACCGAUCCUCAUAUUCCUCCUCUUCGCAAAAAUACCAUCUCAAUCCGGGGGUCACUGGACAGUGUUCUUCAAGCCCGUUUAAUGCUGAUGGGAUCUCUUCCUCUCAUGUUAACAUUUGAUCUUCGUGAAGAAGCGGAGCCCGAUCCGUUGACCGUAUCGAAACUGGUCGAAAAGUACGAUGUCAUAAUCUCGAUCAAGCCAAAACCAAAACUUUCAGUUAAAUCGGUUAACAUUCGUGGCUAUGAGCGGAAUGCUGGUAAUAUUUACGAAGCUCGUCGCAUGAUUUUGGGAUGUUCUGAUGGCGAUGAAAAAGUGGUAGCUUCGAUUCCAUCAGCUUACAUCGUUACUUCAACCGAUCCUUCAUUCAGCUUCCGCCAUACGGUGAUUUCAUUGUCUACCCCAACAAUUUACUCCGUUUACCAUCAAGGCGGAUUUGGUGGUUAUUCAUCGCCAACAUCUCCGACGUCCGCAUGUUCAUCGACGUCGCCAUUCGGUUAUCCCCAUAAUUUGCAACCAAUGGCUUUGACUAAUAACUGCUUCCCUCAAGCAUUCCCUACACGACCGCCGCAAGCGUAUGGAAUUGUUCCCGGAAUUCAUCCGACUGCUCAAUUUCAGCAUCGUAAUACGCUUUCGGCGAAAAAUCUUCAAGCCUUCAAUGCCUAUCAGACACAUUUGUACCCUGACAUGUACACGGACUUUCGCCAAGGCCCCGGAUCGAAAUCAAGUAGUGGCGUAUCUAGCCCUACUUUUCCUUCUGGUUCUAUUAGUCCCUGUGAUUUCCCUUUCGGCCAUCAAAAUACUAUGCUGCAUGAUUUUACUGAACUUCAAAAUCGCAUGGCAUCACAGAUGAACGAUGGGCUAGCCAACUGGGAACGCGACCGUCGCGUGACCUCUUGUCCUGAUUAUGAAGAAAAGCAACUUCUAGCCUUAAAUGCCAUGAGACAAACUCCUAAUCCAUCUCAAGCUCGAGUGCCAACUCCGACCUGGGCUGGUUAUGGCUUCAGCAAAUCUUCACGCCAGACGUCGACAUCCGACAAGGGAUUAUUUUGCGAUACGCCGGAUUCAACAACUUCUGUUAAAAACGAGACUCAUCAGCGCCGUAGUCCGUGGGAUGACCCAAUCUCUUCGGUGAAAAACGCGCCGGAUUUUGGUUUCAGCAGCAAUUUGAUCGACUCAGUCUCGUCGCUGCCUAAGCCAAGUGUUGUUGCUGCCAAGGACCUUUCGACUCUACUACAUUCCAUGGGACUCACUAAAUAUAUCGAACUUUUUGUGGAACAUGAAAUCGACUUGGAAUUGUUUAAAACCCUGACGGAGAAUGAACUUCGUGACCUUGGUAUCCAUGCUUUUGGCGUGCGCAGACGUAUGCUGCUCACUAUUGCUGAGCUGAAUAAGAAGACCGUAUUUUCUGGAAGUGCUGCUCCGGGAGCCGAGCGUCGCGCUGCCGUUGUAUCCAAGGACGUUUGAAUUUAUUGCAAGUUGAAAUUUUUCAAAUUGUUUGGAUUAAAGCCUUAUUUUUCAAUAGCAGCGGAAUCUCUUCCUUCUUCUGUCCCUCCGAAUAUUUAUUGCUAAUAACGGUUUCUCUUUUUUUUUCGAUCGAUAUAAGCACAACGCGUCUCGCCCUCCAUCUUUUUGAUAUUUGAUAAUUCCAUUUUGUUUGCCAUUUUCUCUUUAAAUCUUUCCCACUACUUUACACACUUGUCUUGGUGUGGCUUAUAUAUAUUGAAACUCUUUGAUAAUGUUCUCACACUCUUA